CACCUUCUCUUCGAGCCGCUAGCCUACCGAACGCCCGCCUGUAGAUCGGUCUUGCUCCUGGGUCAGCCAUUCGUUCCGGAACUUCUUCGUGGCCCCCAGCUAGGGCAAGGCUGCCAUUCCUGCGGUGGCGGCUUUGCAGAGGCCAAGCAUCAACAUUGA